GACAAAAAAGUGAUUGUUGAUAAAAUGUCUACCAGCCACUCAGAGGAUGUUAUUGAAAUUGACGAUGAUCAAGAUUAUGAAGUUACGGAGGAAGACGAGAUUGCAGCAAUAAAUUACGAAUUAGCUCAAAUUGAACGUGAAGAGCAAAACUUAAAGGAUCGUAAGAAAGUAUUACUAGAUCGAAAACAAAAACUCAAAGAUGAUGCCUUACUUAAAAAAAGUUUUAAUUUAGCCAAAAAGUCAUGGAAUACUGAAAAUUUUCCAUGGUCCAAAAAACUCAAAGAUACCUUGAAAAAUGUUUUUAAAAUAAAUGAUUUAAGACCGCUGCAAUUAGAAACCAUGAAUGCAUUUUUGUCAGGUGAAGAUGUGAUUCUUGUUAUGCCAACAGGUGGUGGAAAAAGUUUGUGUUUUCAACUUCCAGCAGUAUUGAGUCAAGGAGUCACAAUAGUUAUAUCUCCUCUAAUAGCUCUAAUGGAAGAUCAAUUAUACAGUUUGCAAAAAUUAAAAGUUUGUGCAAAAAUGUUGAAUGCCAAAGCACCUAAGGAAGAUGUAAAGAUGAUAAUGACUGGUUUGGUUGAUAAUAAAUCACCUCUUAAAUUAGUCUAUGUCACCCCAGAAUACAUGUUUAAAUCAAAUAGGUUCAUGAGCAAGAUUCAAAAGGCUUUUGAAAUGAAACGAUUAGCUGGUUUUGCUAUAGACGAGGUUCACUGCUGUAGCAGUUGGGGUCAUGAUUUCAGGCCCGAUUAUCAAAAACUUAUCAGUCUGAAAGGUAUGUUUCCAGGAGUUCCUAUCAUAGGUCUCACUGCAACUGCACCGGCUAAAAUUAUAGUCGAUGUACAAAAAAUGUUGAGCAUUCAGGGUUGCCUCGUCCUCAGAGCUUCCUUCAACAGACCCAAUUUAUACUACGAAGUACGACGUAAACCAAACGACAAAGAAGCCUGCCUCGACAUGAUAUCGAAUCUCCUAACUACCAGAUUCGAGGGAAAAUCCGGUAUAAUAUACACGACGACGAUCAAAGAAUCGGAACAGCUGAGAACGGAUCUGCGCGCGCGAGGUCUCAAAGUUGGCUGUUAUCACGCGAUGCUGGAGGCCGAGUAUCGCACCAAAGUCUACAACAAAUGGAUGAGCGGCGAGUACCAAGCGGUCGUGGCGACGAUCGCUUUCGGCCUGGGCAUCGACAAGCCCGACGUGCGCUUCAUCAUCCAUCACUGCCUCUCGAAGUCUAUGGAGAACUUUUAUCAGGAAUCCGGUCGCGCCGGUCGCGACGGUCAGCAGUCCUACUGCAUAGUCCUGUAUCGUCUCAUGGACCUGUUCAAGCUCAGCCCCAUGGUGUUCCAAGACCAGGUCGGCCUGCCGAAUCUCUACAAGUGCCUGGCCUACUGCCUCGAUCAGAGCUCCUGCAGGCGAAGCCUGAUAGCGGGUCACUUCGAGGAGAGCUGGAGCAAGGACGACUGCAAGAGCAUGUGCGAUCACUGUCGCAAGAAGCGAAAAGUCAAGCUGGUCAAUGCGGCCGUCUACUGCAAGCACCUGUACCAGAUCCUGGGCAAGGCCAAACAGGCCGAUCAGAAACUCACGCCAUUGAAGCUCGUGGACGCCUGGUACAACAAGGGAGCGACGAGCCACCGACUGGACAGCGUGCCGACGCCCAAGUUUCCCCGGGAGGUCGGCGAGGCCAUUCUCGGCCACUUGCUCGUCAAGGGCUACAUGAAAGAGAACUUUCAGUUCUCGGCCUACACGACCAACACCUACAUAGAGAGAGGAAACAAAUACGCCUUGGCCAUGAGCGACGGUCACCAGAUCAUGCUCGAGCUUCAGGAUUGGGAGAGCAGCUGACG